UGCGGGACUAUAACACCAAUAAUCAUGGCGCUUGCUGAUGUUUGUGGAUUCAAGUUCCAACCACUUCAGAACACAUUACUGUGUGGAGACAGCUCGGACUCAUCUCGUUUAGUAGAUGAUGCUUUGACAGCUUCUAACAACUUCACACUGCCGACCAAUUUUGACCCGGUUGAAAACUUGAGAGCUUUUACUGAUCCAAAAAGUGAUGUAAAAAUCCAAUUCCAUCAUGGAACCACUACCCUUGCAUUCAAAUUCCAACAUGGUGUCAUUGUGGCUGUGGAUUCACGAGCUACUGCGGGUUCCUAUAUCGCAUCCCAGACAGUGAAGAAGGUGAUUGAAAUCAAUCCAUACCUGCUGGGAACUAUGGCUGGGGGUGCUGCUGACUGUUCCUACUGGGAGAGGUACCUCGCCAAACAGUGCAGAAUCUACGAACUCAGAAACAAAGAAAGAAUUUCCGUUGCAGCAGCAUCCAAAAUGUUGGCAAAUAUUGUAUACAAUUACAAGGGAAUGGGAUUAUCUAUGGGCACAAUGAUCUGUGGCUGGGACAAGAAGGGCCCAGGGUUGUACUACGUAGACAGUGAUGGGACCAGACUGACAAACAACAUUUUCUCCGUUGGCUCUGGCGCAACUUACGCCUACGGUGUGAUAGACUCUGGCUAUGCCUGGGACCUAACCGUGCCGGAGGCCAUAGACCUGGGUCGUCGAGCAAUCUACCACGCCACUCACCGUGAUGCCUACAGUGGAGGAGUGGUCAACUUGUAUCAUAUGAAGGAGACUGGCUGGGAGUUUAUAUCACAGACAGACACAGCAGAAAUUCACUACAAGUUCCAGGAGGAGAAGAAGCAGUCCCGGCGAUGACCUUCCUCUAUGUUAUCGUAGUCGUGUAAUCUUCUCAGUGAUGGAAGCCUCCAGAGGGACAGUUUCAAGUGUUCUAUCAAUGUGUGACAUUCAUCUUGAGACAGUGAUAGUCAUCAUCUAUUUAAAAGUCUGCCAUAUGCUAUUGAUAAUGAUAAAGGUUUUGACAGACUUGUUCACGUUUUCACAGUUGACAUUGUCAUUCAAGUAUUCAUCUCACAGAGCUACAGUGCUGCUCUGUUGACUUAUUAUAAAGUGCUAUAAGGACGAUUUUGUUGUUGUAGGAUGCCAAUCUGUGUCAUGUAUCACAUGUCAGACUUAACAGAGUCUGGUAACUUACGAAAUAAAAUUACAUUUAGUAUCAAAACAAAA